AUGGCCUUUAACGAGAUGAACGAUAUGGAGUACUAUACGCGUCUGAUGACCAACCCCCAUCAAAGCUGGUCAUCAGUACAACAAGAUCUGGAUAAUACACAAGAACUACUCAGAAUCGAGUUGAAGGUAGCCGACGCUUACAAAGAACAGUGGAACUGGACACGUAAUGACGAGACCUUUGUACUGGCCACACCAGCAGCCAAAUUCAUAAUACUCUCGAAGCUGCUCCAUAAAAUACACGCGUCGAAGCACGAUAUAUCGCGUUUGGGAGUUAGAGUGGUCAGCACGCAGAUUUUCUAUAGAAGCCUCGGAGACGACUCAACAGAAAGAACGUUCGAGAAAGAGGUUCAGGAAAACCUGAAAACCAUGGAUAUCUACACCAAACAGCUCUCGAGUCUCAUGAAGGAAAUAGAGACAUACAUGAAGCGCGCAGAGAAUGACUUUCGAACGGGACCUUGUUCCACAAACGCGGAGCAGAUUAACGCGUUGUUUCGACGAGCGUUUGAAACCCUAACCAUGGAAGACAAGGAUAAGACAGGUCAAAAAAUUAUCGAAUUGCAAACUCAGCUAAACAUACAGUCUGAGGAAUUAGCGCGUAUGAAGGAAGAACUAGCCAAAAGGCCGACAUCAGAGCCAACUCAGGCACCGGUCCCAAUGGAAGUAGAGAUGACGGAUAAUGAGUACUUCGACCGAAUGAUCAACGAAGUAAACGAAGUCGAGCAGCCUCCUGAAUUAGUAUCCGAAGAAUCGGAUGAAGACGAACGAAAACAAGCGGAAGUUCACAUGAUUGUUCGCGUAGAAGAUCAAGAACAAAGUGACAGGGUAGUCGUUCGCGUUGAUGAAUCACAACAGGAGGAAAAAGAAGCGGUAGUCCGCGUCGAACAGGUUGGACACCAGGAAAGAGUGGUUCGCGUUGAGGACGAAGAGCACGGACGUAGAACGAAGAGAGAAGAACGAGAAGACUCAGAAAUCGAAGAACUUAAAAAUCAAUGUCGCUAUCUGGAACAGAAAGUGGACUUCAUGCACGACGUGGUCCGCAAAUUCCCGUAUAGGAAAAAGGAAUUUGUAUCACCAGGGAUGAGGAAGGACAGAUCCUGCGCCUUUUGCAAGGCCGAAGGGCAACACUUUUCGGACUCGUGUCCACACUACGUAGACGGUGACGAACGUUAUGAGAUGAUGAUCGAUGAAGGAGUAUGCAGAUACUGCUUAGAACGUGAUAAAUGUAACUACGAUAACACUUGUCCUUAUGCUUACAAGGAGUGUUUUUACUGCAGUCGCUUAGAAGGCACCCCAUUCGAGUACAUGAUCAUAAAAGACGGUCACCACACAGCCCUCUGCAAUAUCCCCAAUAGAAAACAUGAAGCUCGCACCGAGCUAGACAAGGCAAGAGAAGAGCUCAGAGAGGUCAUGACACAAUUAGCGCGUAGACAGAUAGAGCAAGGUAAACGCCAGGACUACAGCACACGUGCGAGAAAGGAAAGGGAUGAGGAAGCAGAAAGACGACCAAGAGACUACUAA